CGGUGGGCACCCCUGCGGCCCAGAGGACCGGUCCUCUCCAGUCCCACGGGAUGCGUCUGCUCUGGGGCCCUAGGAGGCUCUUCCUCACCCUGCUUCUGCUGGUUUCCAUCAAGCAAGUUACAGGAUCUCUCCUUGAGGAGACAACUCGGAAGUGGACUCAGUAUAGGGAGAAGUGUCUUAGAGACUUGCUCAAUAAACCUUCUGGUAUAUUUUGCAAUGGAACAUUCGAUAAGUUGGUGUGCUGGCCUCAUUCUUCUCCUGGAAACGUCUCUGUUCCCUGCCCUUCAUACUUGCCUUGGUGGAGUGAAGAGAGCCCAGGAAGGGCCUACAGACACUGCUUGGCUCAGGGGACUUGGCAGACGCGAGAGAACGCCACGGCUAUUUGGCAGGAUGACUCAGAAUGUGCAGAGAACCACAGCUUCAAACAAAACGUGGAUCACUAUGCCUUGCUGUCCACCUUGCAGCUGAUGUACACCGUGGGCUACUCCCUCUCUCUCAUCUCCCUCUUCCUGGCUCUUACACUCUUCUUGUUUCUUCGAAAGCUACACUGCACACGCAAUUACAUCCACAUGAACUUGUUUGCUUCGUUCAUCCUGAGAGCGCUGGCCGUCUUGGUGAAAGACAUCAUCUUCUACAACUCUUACUCCAAGAGGCCUGACAAUGAGAGCGGAUGGAUGUCAUAUGUGUCCGAGAUAUCCGCCUCCUGCCGCUCCGUCCAGGUCCUCUUGCACUACUUUGUGGGGGCCAAUCACUUGUGGCUGCUGGUGGAAGGUCUUUACCUCCACGCUCUGCUGGAGCCCACCGUGCUUCCUGAAAGGCGGCUGUGGCCCAGAUACCUGGUGGUGGGCUGGGCCUUCCCCAUGCUGUUUGUCAUCCCCUGGGGUUUCGCCCGUGCACACCUGGAGAACACAGGGUGCUGGGCAACAAAUGGAAAUAAGAAAAUCUGGUGGAUCAUCCGAGGACCCAUGCUGCUUUGCGUGACAGUCAAUUUCUUCAUCUUCCUCAAAAUUCUCAAGCUUCUCAUUUCCAAGCUCAAAGCCCAUCAGAUGUGCUUCAGAGACUAUAAAUACAGAUUGGCAAAGUCAACGCUGCUCCUCAUUCCUUUAUUGGGGGUUCAUGAAGUCCUCUUCUCUUUCAUCACUGAUGACCAAGUUCAAGGAUUUUCAAAACUUAUUCGACUCUUCAUCCAGCUGACAUUGAGCUCCUUCCACGGAUUUCUGGUGGCCUUGCAGUAUGGCUUUGCCAAUGGAGAGGUGAAGGCUGAGCUGCGCAAGUCCUGGGGCCGCUUCUUGCUAGCUCGCCACUGGCGCUGCAGAGCCUGUGUCCUGGGGAAGAACUUCCGGUUCCUGGGGAAAUGUUCCAAGAAGCUGUCGGAGGGAGAUGGCGCUGAGACACUUCGGAAGCUGCAGUCCUCAACCUGCAGUUCCCACUUGGCCUCUGAGACCCGGGGGGAGCUGGGGGCUAGGUCUCACCGGGGCCGGGGAGCUUGGCCCCGGGGAAGCAGCCUGUCUGAGAGCAGUGAGGGCGACUUCACCCUGGCCAAUACCAUGGAGGAGAUUUUGGAAGAGAGUGAGAUCUAGGGCAGGGUCUGUUGCUCCAGCUCCGCCACUGGCGACUCUUGAGAAGGAUGUUGAUGAGCCCGGGAUCCUCCUCCUGCUCACUAUGCCCAUUCUGAUGUGAAGUUGUCUCUCCUGGGUUGUCAAGCUCGGUAUAAAUGAGUCUGUGUAAUGCCCACGGCCCUUCCUGCCAUGGUCACCCUACUGGUUCCCCUGCCAGGUGUAUGUCCCAGAAUGUUCACUGAUCUCUGGGGCCUUGCCCUAAAUUCAAGUGAAUGUAGCCUUCCAAGAAGAGAAGUCACUUACUAAAUAGGGUCCAGCUAGUAUCUCCUUCCCCCUCAUGGUACAUGGCCUCUUUCUGGGUGUAGGGUGCACCGGAACCCCACAGGAAGCUUUGAAGUGUCAAGUCCUGGGGACCAUGACCAACAUUCUGAGAGAGCAAGUGUGGGGUGAUGACCAAGAAUUGGAAGGGUUUGACAAGCAUCUGAGGAAAUUCUGGGAGGUUCGCCCUUGGCAAACGAACCCUGGGCAGGAUAGAUGGAGUGACUAUUAUGCAUUUGCUGCUCACCUGGGACAUACCACUCUCCUUGGACAGGGGGUGACCCCAUGUUGUCCCCCAGAUCCCUCUCCUCCCUGUUUCUCUUCUCUUCCUCUCCUGUCAAGUCUCGCCUCCCUUUCUCCAUCUCACUUCUGUCUGGGGUUGACAGAAGUUGGAAUGUCACUACACUGUAUGUUAGUUUCUGUCCUCAGUGCGGUGACCAAAUGGCCUGGUGAUUUAAGAGGUGAAGUGCCAUGUGGGCUCAUGGCUUGAGAGUGCAGUCCAUCAAGGUGAGGAAGGCACAGUGGUGAGGGGUAGGGGUUCUAGUGGAGCUGCAGGAUCAUGAGGUGACUCAUGGGGUGGCUGGUCACUGUUCUAGUCAGCAUGCUGGUUGUUUUUUGUCAACUUGACACAAACCUAGAAAUCUCCGGGAAGAGAAACUCUGAACUGAGGACUGUUCCUCCAUCAUACUGUCCCAUAGGCAAGUCUGUGGGAGCAUUUUUUUUGAUUAACGGUUGAUGUGGAAGGGCCCAGCCCACCGUGGGUGGU